GAUCCUUGGAAUAUUGCCACCGCCGGGGCUGGGAAUGGGGAUGGGAAUGGGAAUCCCACCGGCAGCCGCCAGGCACCAACGAAACGUUUCCCAUUCAUAAUCCCUCCGAAAGGAGGGGAUCCGACCACGCCGGCCGGGAGAGGGAGACGGGAGUGAUGGCCGCGCCGGCGGGACCGAACAAGCGGAAGGAUGAGGAGAGCCUGAGGAGGUCGCCGGCGAGUGUGGCUGCAGCGGACUUCGCCAUGGGCGGCGCGGCCGCGGCGGUGGCCAAGACGGGGGCCGCGCCGCUGGAGCGCGUCAAGCUGCUGCUGCAGAACCAGGGCGAGAUGCUGCGGCGGGGCUACCUCACGCGUCCCUACAAGGGCAUCGCCGACGCCUUCGCCCGCGUCCUCCGCGAGGAGGGAGCCGCCGCGCUCUGGCGCGGCAACCAGGCCAAUGUCAUCCGCUACUUCCCCACCCAGGCUUUUAACUUUGCAUUCAAGGGCUACUUCAAGAGCUUCUUUGGCUACGAAAUGGAGAAAGAUGGAAAGUGGAAGUUGUUAGCUGGAAAUGUAGCCUCUGGCAGUGCUGCAGGAGCUACGACGUCACUGCUGCUAUACCAUCUGGAUUAUGCACGAACAAGGCUAGCUACUGAUGCAAUUGAAUCCAGGGGAAACAAACGUCAGUUCAGGGGGCUGCUGGAUGUCUACAAGAAGGCGCUUACAGCUGAUGGUAUUCCUGGACUGUAUCGAGGUUUCAGUGUGUCUAUUGUGGGCAUCACGUUAUACCGGGGUCUCUAUUUUGGCAUCUAUGACACCAUGAAGCCUCUUGUUCUAGUUGGGCCAUUGGAGGGAAAUUUCUUCGCCAGCUUUGCCUUGGGCUGGGCAAUAACCACAUUCUCCGGGGUCUGCGCCUAUCCAUUUGACACAGUCCGUCGUAGGAUGAUGUUAACAUCAGGGCAGCCAUUCAAAUACAGGAACGGCUUCCAUGCAGUAAAACAGAUAGUUUCCACUGAAGGGUUCUUCACACUAUUCAGGGGUGUUGGUGCAAAUAUUCUGUCUGGAAUGGCCGGCGCUGGAGUUCUCUCCGGGUACGACCAGCUCCAACGGUUUGCAAGCCGGCAUGGUCAGAAUUUUGAGCGCAAGAUGAAAGAGGCAUUGAAACGAUGAGCAUAUGCAUGCAGAUCCUUGGUUGAAGGUUGGAUCAUUCAGAUGGGAUUAGAACUCCUGGGCCAGCAGAAUUAAUGGAACUGAAAAAAAGACCCCGAAAGUUAAUGGGGGACAAAAAUUCCAGGAGGUGAAUGGUGAAUCUCCCAAGGACAGGAGAUGGAGUCAUGCGACAAAAUAUAGUUCUGAAUACGGAAUACCUUCCGUGAUAUGUAGACCUGACCCGAUCGUUGAAGUGUGAAUAUAUAUAUAUAUAUAGAUGUGCACUGUCAAUGUAAACUGUAAAUAAUACACUUGAAAUUGCUUCUCUCUCUAUACCUGGUUGUGAGUGAUAUUUGCAUGUGGAGUUCACAGGCAGGCAGUUUGCUGGCCUGGUCAUUACAGACUGGUAGUAUUGUGAUUUUGAUUUUGUGUGUGUUUCAGGCCAUGUAUGGCAAGCAAGAGCUGUCAGUCGGUCACUGAGAGGUGGGCCAAGCCAACCAUGGGCCUGGCCCACCUGUCAGUCUUACGGCCUUCCCCUCGGUGGAGGGGAGGGAGGUCGUCGUCUUCUCCUCCUCCUUGGGGCCGGGGCCAGAUCUUCGUAUUCCAAUUCCAAUUCCAGUCUGCGCUGCGCACGUCGGAGGGAAUUCGAUCCGAUCUCCGCUUGCGCUGCUGCGUUAAAUUCAAGGGUUUGCAUCCGCGAGCCAUGGCGGGGAGGGCCAACAUCCCCACCAACAACUCCGCGCUCAUCGCCAUCAUCGCCGACGAGGACACUGUAACUGGCUUCUUGAUGGCUGGAGUUGGCAAUGUUGAUCUUCGCAAGAAAACCAACUACCUUCUCGUCGAUAACA